AUGCCCACCUCUUUUAUACCCUUCCCAGCCAAUACGGCCGCCAAAGAUAUAAGACGCCUUAGCGUGAACUCGUUCGGUUAUGUGGGACAAAUGCCCACGCGAUUAUUAAUAAUGCUGCCUUUUAUUUUAAAUUACGCGGCGCCAGGGAGGGUUUGCACUUUACAAAGACCAUUAAGGGCCGGCAACUCACGAACGGUUAUAAUACAUCUGGCAGUGGGGCUCCGGGAUUUAAAAAUUUCAAUCGCAUUUAUCCCAUCACCUCGCAAUCCUCCAAAGGACUCGCGCGCGGAGCUUUUUCAAAAUUUAGCUUUUACUUUAAACAAAAGGCGCUUUAUAGCACAGUGGAAAACAUAUACCGUCGCGUCCUCCUCAUCCGUACAAGAUAUUGUCCAAAUCCUGGAGAAAAAGGACACCACGGUUGCAAAAACGCUUAGUUCACGCACGCCAAAGCUUGGCUUUAUAUUUACCGGCCAGGGUGCGCAAUGGCCGGCCAUGGGCAUAGAGCUUUUCGAGGCAUACGGAAUAUUCCGCCAAAGCGUCGAAUCAGCCGACGCCUACCUACGAGAUAAACUUAAUUACGAAUGCUCCAAGGAGAAAUCCAAAAUAGGGAUUGCAAUAUAUUCGCAGCCGCUUUAUACCGUAUUGCAGGUUGUUUUAAUCGACCUUUUAAAGGAUUGGAAAAUUAUACCACAAUUAAUUGUGGGACAUUCGUUUGGCGAAAUCGCCGCGGUAUACUGCAUGGGUGCAUUUUCACGCGAGUCCGCCUGGAUGUUGGCAUAUUUUAAAGGUACACUCUUUACGACUUUCAAGCAGGUGGCGCCUGAUAUUUAG